CAGGUCUGACAGUUGUGCAGUACCGUCUGCGCGAUAACGCUCUCCCUCUCGUACGAUGAUUGGGAGCCACCAGCCAAAACAUGGGGAUACUUUGUGGGCCAAGCUGAACCAACGCGUAUGCAGCCUCGGACGUCUCUGCCGUUUCUGCCGAAGGAGUUUGUGUUGAUAUCCCUGAUGAUCGGAAAGGUCCACUUUGAAAGUCUUGUUCAAUAUGCUUAAAAGGAAGAGGAUCACCAGCCUCUUCAACGACGAUCUGUCUUGCUGAUCAUCAACACACUCUCUUUCAACACUCUCUUCAACCGAUCGUCACUCUUUUCCGAUCGAUAACCCAUUCAUUGUUUUCACCAUGCUUUCACCAACCGUGAUUCUGACGGCACUGGCUGCCUUCGCUAACACCGUCGCUGCCGCUGGCGUCACCGGCGCCGCUGAGGGUUUCGCCAAGGGCGUCACCGGUGGUGGCUCUGCCGCUGCCGUCUACCCUAAGACCAACGAUGAGCUUGUUUCGUACCUGACCGACAGCUCGGCUCGUACUAUUAUCCUGACCAAGACUUUCGACUUCACCGGCACCGAGGGCACCCAGACCACGAGCGGCUGUGCUCCUUACGGUACCGCUUCCGCGUGCCAGCUGGCCAUCAACAAGGAUGACUGGUGCAACAAGUACCAGCCCAACUCCCCCAAGGUCAGCUCCCUGACCUACGACAAGGCUGGCUGGAACGCCAUCAAGGUCCAGUCCAACAAGUCUCUUGUCGGCCAGGGCUCCGCCGGUGUCAUCAAGGGCAAGGGUGUCUACAUCGCCAACGGUGUCAAGAACAUCAUCAUCCAGAACGUCCACUUCACUGAGAUCAACCCACAAUACGUCUGGGGUGGUGAUGCUAUCUCCAUCGCCGGCGCUGACAUGAUCUGGAUCGACCACGUCAAGACCUCCCGCAUUGGCCGCCAGCACCUUGUUCUCGGCGAGGCUGCCUCCAACCGUGUUACCGUCUCCAACUCCGAGUUCGAUGGCUCCACCAACUGGUCUGCCCAAUGUGACGGCCACCACUACUUCCUCAUCUACUUCACCGGCUCCAACGACAUGAUCACCUUCAAGGGUAACUACAUCCACCACUCUUCCGGCCGUAGCCCCAAGGUCGCCGGUAACACCCUGCUGCACGCCGUCAACAACUACUUCUACGCCAACAGCAAGCACGCUUUCGAGACCACUGCCGGCGCCUACGUCCUGUCCGAGGGCAACACCUUCCAGAACGUCGUCGAGGUCAUCGACCCCUCGAACAAGGCCGGCAAGAUGUUCACCUCGCCCGACGCCAACAGCAACGCCGCCUGCAAGACCUACCUCGGCCGCAACUGCGUGGCCAACGCCUACGGCAGCUCCGGCGUCUACACCAGCACCGACAACAGCUUCCUGUCCAACUUCAAGGGCAAGAAUAUCGUUUCGGCUGCCGCCGCCUCGGCCAACGUCGCCAACACUGCCGGUGUUGGCAAGAUCUAAGCAGAGGGCCGGAACAUGGCUUUCGCUGCCUCUCUCCCUCCCUCGCGAGCCGGGGAUGGCUGGCAACGAGCCAUUGUAUGGCUUCUUGCCCUUUAGGGUCUCGCCCUGGGGUUGAUUCUGGCGGUAGCUCACUGGGGAAUAUGGGCUUAAUAUUCUUGUAUAUACGCAUUUUAGAGAGGUGUCGAACUGUAAAUAUCAGGCUUCAUAUUGCCUUUGUCAAAA